UUUCCUCCUGGGAUUUCUCAGCUUUCCUCACGCUGGUCUUAUGAGGCAGGGGACUACAGCAUCUCCGUGAGCCUUUCUCUAGUUUCGUUCAGGAGCCUAGACACAAAGCCUGUGGCUGGAGAUCCACAGGGCCACGCAGGCCUUGCUCCGUCUCCCUCUUGUCCACGGAGGCCUCUGCUCCCCCAGAAGGUCACCCCCACUGGCUGUGGUUGCUGCCUGGAUCCUGCCCUGCCCUGGUCUCCUCUCCUCAGAGCAUCCCUACCUCUUUCCCUGCUCCUCAUCCCAGCUCAAGAAGAGGACCCAUGGCCUGGGAGGCCACACACCUGCUAUCCCCCAUCCUGCUGGUGCUCCUGGCCUCAGAGUCCUGGACCCAGGUUCUUCAAACAGUGGAGGACCAGACCAUUUUUGUGAAAUGCAAGUAUGUUCCCAACCAACGCUUAAAGGAGAAGAUCUUGUGUCAGAGAACACCAGAAAAAACUUGUAACAUCUUAGUGUCGAGUCUAGGCAGAGCUGCUCAGCAACCACGAUACUCCAUCCGGGACCAUCCUGAGUCUAAUUUCUUCACUGUCACCAUGACUGCACUGAGGAUGAGAGACUCGGGUCUCUAUCACUGUGGGAUCCAUGAAAACCACAGAUCAAACAUUAUUCUCCAAAGCUUCCAUCUGGUGGUGUCAAAAGCCAUUCCAAAUUCUCCUGCUUCUGGCACGACUCUGACUUGGACAGGAACUGAAGUUCCCACCUCUAAUACCACAAAGGACCUGAGCGCCAUCUCUGCCAGGGUGUCCAUAUCCAGCAUCGUUGUUCCCGUGGUCUGUGGACUCUUCAGUAAGAUCCUGCUCUUCACAAUCUUGUUUGUUGUCACUCAGAGGUCAUUUGGAUGCCACACAACAGUGACCUCUGACUUUCAGCCAUGUCUGUCUCAGAGGAAGAACUUGGGGUGGGGGACUAAGGAGGGACUGGUCAGCUCUCCCACACUACCCAGGGGAGCGCGAGGACCAGCUCUGUACCGUCCUUGGGCGUCUACGCAGCCCCAGUUGGCACCCCAGGCCAGGGAUGCCGACGUGGACUUUGGUGUGACUCUUGUUGCUGAGGCACUGGAAGAGGCCCCCAGAGACAAGCCCCUCCACCCUGAGCUCUCUCUCCACCGUCCCGUGCCCUCCCAUCGGCGGCAGGAAAAGGGCCUCAUGGCCAGGAGGUCCCCACUGUCACCUCUGCUGCUGCUGCUGCUGCUUCUCCAAGCCUCUGCCCCCUCACAGAUAGCCUGGGUGCCCCACAACCUCGACUUCUCACAGACACAGAGCUUUGUGUCCCAGAAUGGAGGAGCCAAUGCAGUCCCCGUAGCCACCGUCUCUACAGAGCUGCAGAACUCCACGCUGGGCUCUGAUCCUCCAGCCCUCAGCGCCCUGGUCCUGGUGUUCUGUGGCCUCCUGACCAUCAAGUCCCUGAUCCUGCUAGCUUUGCUCCACAGGGUCUUAAGAUCCCCGUGGGCUACACCAGUCCCAAGAUGGGUGGCCUGUCUCCCUCAAGCCAGGACUCCCAGGAGCUCCUCCCUGACCUCUGAAUGACAUAACUCUUCAAGAAAAGGCCAGAACUUGCUCUAAAACCCAGGACUACACUGCUCAGUACAGACCUGAGCCCUCCCUAACAUCAUGUUAUCAAGCUGACAACCUCAAUAAUAAAGAAAGAAAAAAUGAAUAGUGAAGACCAGUAACCGGAGAUUUGUUCCAUGUGGCCACAUUGGGAAAAGGGACAAAGACAUCCCUGAGUCCCCUGUGUCCAUCUUUGAGAUCCUAAAGUAAGAUUAGAGUUUAAGUGGGGACAAAGAUACGCACAUCUAAGCAGCCCUGGUCAUGUGUGGUCCGGCCCUCUAUUGACGGUCGCUGGCUGAGCUUCAGUCUCACGCUACGAGGCCAUCUGACUAGUUGAGAGGGCUUGUGAGCCCCUCCCAAGCCACAAGCCAGCCUCUUCCACCUCCCAGUACGGGGUUCCUGGGGAUAUUGCCACUUCUUGGGAGCCCGUUGUUUGAGCAGUCUGAUCUGACAAACACCGAGAGACCUGCGCGUUUCUCUAGAGUGUCUUCAUUCCUCUAAUGCAGCCAGCACCUUCUAACUGUGGUAUCAAACCCCAGGGCCCGCAUCUCUCCACACCUGGAGUCAUCAGUGGCCGGUGCGACCCCUCCUGAGGACUAAAGAGCUCUUAUGCGGUAUCGCGGAGUCGGCUGGGGGACUCGCGGGCGUACACAGAAGCACAGAGCAAACCACCCGGCCUCUUGUCGGUCAGUCCAGAGUGACGCUCAGCCGGGCCCACGUCCUCCACAGUGCACCCCUCCCCUCCCACCCCUGUUGUCCUUGUCACCACCACAUGGUUGCAGGCUCUAGACCUUUCUAUUGCCUCUCAUUGGUAUCUUGGCACAGCUGCCCGAAUCCCAGGGGUCCUGGCUGGCUCUCCGCUCCCAUGGGGUUAUUCUAUCUUUUUCUCUCUGAUUCCUUUUACUCUCCUGAUUCCUGUUCAUUUUUCAUUAAUCUCAGGGGGCUGGGCCUGUUCUUUGUUUGUGGACACACGAGUAUGGGUGCCUGCAGAGGCCAGGAAAGGGCAGCAGAUCCCUAGAGUUGGGAUUGCAAUGUGGGUGCUGAGAACCAAACCCCAGUCCUCUGUGAGAGCAGCCUGUGCUCUCAACCACUGGGCCAUCUCUCUGGCCCCUUUGUGUCCAUGAGGUGGGGUCCUGGUAGCCCAGGCUAGCUUCCAACUUGCCAUGUAACUGAGGCUUAUCUUGAAUUCCUGAUCACCCUGCCUCACUGGGAUUGUACGCAAGAUCCAUGCCGGGCUUUCAGCAGCGCCUUAUGAAACCAGCCUUCACCCCCACACCAGCGUGUGCGAUGCCUGUACGCCACCUUCAUUUCUCAGAAAGUUCCAUUUUACAGGGUGCCUAUUUGGUUUGGACAUUGCCACAUCUUCUCUGGCAAGCUAAAAUAAUUUCUCUUUUGAUGGGGGAUGCUCUUCUGUCCACAUGUUUCUCUUAUUGGUUGAUGAAUAAAACACUUAGUGGCUAAUAGCCAGGCAGGAACUAUGGGUGGAGCUACCAGACAAGGAGAAUGCUGGGUGGAGAGGAGGCGGAGAGAGGCCUCGAGGAGACAACAUGUAGAGACCACCGUGAAGACAGGACGUGCCGGGUGUUCUCUGGUAAGAUAAGGCCAUGUAGAAAUACAUAUUAGUAGUUAUGGAUCAGUUUUAUAGUUAAUAUAGCAUCUGUGUGUUUAUCUGGGGCUGGAGGGUGGUAGGGCCUGGCGGGACAGAAGCUUCCAUCUCCACUCCUUUUGUUUUGUUUUUGAGGCAGGAUUUCAUGCUGCUCAGGCUGGACCUGAACACCCUGCAAAGGCCACGUUGACCUUGAACAGAUCUUCCGGCCUCCAUUCUGGCUGCGGCAGUGACAGCUUGUGCUACAAACCUGGGUCUAAAGAGUUAGCCCUUGAACUGAUUUUUAGCUUUUUUUUCUCUGCCUGCCUAUUUGUCUUUUGUUUUCUCCUGUCCUCUGCCUCUGUCUUUCUUCAGAGCUUUCUAGAAAUUCCUGCAGAGUCUCCACAGCUCACGGAGGGAAGGCAAUGGUCUCUAGACUGUCCCAUUCUUUCUCCUUGACAGCUCCGUUUCCACAGAGAAGGCUCGGUGACUGAGGGGUACGCCAGAUUCAGGAGUCUAGGGGGAUUAGAAAGGGUCUGUCCUCUCUGCCUCGGUAGUGUGUGGGGCUCCGAGGGAGUGCCUCUGAGGGGAUUCUUCUGAGAGACUCGUCUCAAACUUUCCGAAGGGUGCAAGCCCUGACCUAUAGUAGCCUCGGGAAGGUGGAACCCAGAGGCUGAUCAUGACGCGGCCCCGAGACUGUCCUCUGCCAUCCAGCCCAUGCCUGCGCUGCCUCUCGAGGCAUCUGGGGCCUCCGCUCUCUCAGCCUGAGUGGGGGAUGGGGCACUUCUAAUGUCAAAAUGAUUUGCUUCAUAGCCCUCCCGCCUUCUGGUCUGUGGAGUGAUCUGAUCGUUAGCCAACUUCAAACCAUGAGCUGAGCAUUCCUCAGCCUUGAGGAGAGAGGUCUCUACCUCAGUCUCCCCUCACUCCUGACCUCUGCCCCUUUUCAGCAGGAGUGGGGGGGUGCCACAUUUACCUCAGAACACCCACCACCGGGAGCCCUCACCAAGGCCACAGGAGAGAAUCCAGAUCAGCACUCGACUCUGAGAGGCAGCCAUCUUUCUUCUGCCCCGGCAGUCAGGGGUGACACGGGGUCCCCAGAGCAGCUGUUGACUCCUUCCAUGUUCUCUCUGCUCACCCAGAGUCGCAUCUCAGGGACACGAGUUCCUGAGGCUAGCCCCAUUUCUGUUUGUCAUAGUUACGGUUACCCCUGCUGCGAUGAAACACCCUGACCAAAGCAACCUGGGGAGGAGAGGGCUUAUCCAGCUCACGCUUCCACACUCAGCCAUCACCAAAGGACGUCAGGACUCACGCGGGCCAGCUCACGCUUCCACACGCAUCAAUCAUCAAAGGACGUCAGGACUCACGCGGGCCAGCUCACGCUUCCACACGCAUCAAUCAUCAAAGGACGUCAGGACUCACGCGGGGCAGCUCAUGCUUCCACACGCAGCCAUCACCAAAGGACAUCAGGACUCACACAGGGCAGGAACCUGGAGGCAGGGGCUGAUGCAGAGGCCGUGGAGGGUGCUGCUCGCUGGCUUGCUCCCCAUGGCUUGCUCAGCCUACUUUCCGAUAGAACCCAGGACCGCCAGCCCAGCGAUGGCACCGCCCACAGUGGCCUGGACUCACCCCCAGCCAUGCCAAUUAGGAAAAUGCCCUACAGGUUUGAAUACAGAGCAUUUUCUCAGUUGAGGCUCCUCCUCUCUAAUGACGAUAGCUUGUGUCAGGUUGAGAUAAAAUUAUCAGCACGUUA